CCAAAACACCAAAACUCCAUGACGCUGUCAGUUCGCUGGUAAAUACCCGACCUCAUCAUUGCCAUUGCGUCAAUUUAGCAUAUUCAUUUCCCCUUUCCGUCCAAACGCAGCAAUCACACACGCCUGCGUAUCUCACAAUCGGGGACUGGCGGACUCGAUCACGAGACUCGGAGACUCGGUCCAAGGGAGGAAUGUGGCGUCAACCAACAUCCUUUGUUAACAGUUCUAGCGCUUCAACUCCCCAAGUAUAAAUCAAUCGCCUUCCCUCCCCAGAUGUGAGCUGUCGCAAGCCAUCCCAGCAGCCCCAAAAUUCCCCAUCUUUGUCGCGCAACCACUUUUGCGAAAGUUCCACACAAAGUCCCCCGUAACAUCACGGUCUGAAACCAAAGCUAUGGACGCCGCCGCCAUCUAUGAUCCGCUUGGAUUUGACGAUCAUGUCGUCGAGUCGGAAUACGUAUACCCCGCCGGCGUGGAGGACGAAUAUGACGGCAAUGCUGUCAUGCUCAAUCCCCAACCGGCCGAGCACCAUAUUCGCCGCAACUUCAGCUACCUCAGAUUGCGCGUUGGCUUGGACCCCCAAUUGACGCGACCGGAGAGUGUCAUUGGGGAGGGUCCUCUGCACGACGGCGACGGCGACGGCGACAGCGACGACGCCAAUGACGCGUCCCCGGUAGCUAAUAUGCAGCCGGUCCAGCUUUGCUUCCACGAUUCAUGGCGCCCAUCUGGGGAUCCCAUCUCUCUGCACUUCCAGUCUAGUCCUGACUACCAGAAUAUGGUAGUCCAGACCCGCCACCCCCCCAUCGUCGAGCCCACGGCGCCGAACUACAGCUGCGACUGCGGAGAUAUCUAUCUCAAUCCAGUCAACAACCCCGCUCCCGCUUCCCCCCCGAUGGCCGGUCUCAAACGCUUGUUGAGAAAGGCUGGGGCCAUUUUCUUUGCUGGGUCGAUAAUCUUGUCCAUUAUUUUCCACCGCGACACACCCUGUCAACCAGCUGGGACACCCCACUGUGAACCAGCUGGGACACCUUACUGCACUCAGGAGGUCGACACAAUUCUCCCGCUGCACCAAAGCCUCAUCGACAUUGCCAAAUUGCACUCGACAAUUGCCCCGCACGCACUCCUCUUGCAACCAGGCAUGAAGCCAGAACCUUGGUCCCCCACGACCCUUCUCGUGGACUUGAAGUCCCUAGCCUAUCGGGUGCUGGUGGAUCUGGACGCCAUCUUGCCUUCUAGCAUAGGGGGUGCGCAUUGGGACAUAUACGAGGCAGCGAUGCGGCAUCUCCAGCAGGCCGACAUGCUCUGGUUCGAGCAGAAGACCCAACUGGCCCACGAUCUCACUGCCCGGGCCUCAUCCUGGCUAGUCGUGGCGUCACACAAUCUAGGCUCACUCGAACCAAAAGAAGCGGCGUGCAGAGUUGCCGCCAACGCCACGACCAAGUCCGACCACACCGGAACCAAGUCAUCUUCCUCGGAGAAACCCACAGACAACGACACAUGCCGGGACAGAGUAGCCCAGUCCGUCCUCGAGCAAGUCUUCAUCGAACGCCUCCUCCCAGACUCAACCCUCCCCUCAACCCCCUCCCAGCAAUUCCUCGGCGUAGGCCUCAACCUCGCCGCCCUCGCAGGCAACCUCUCCCUCGCCCACGACCACCUCACCAACCUCGUCCGACUCGCAGACUGCCCCGACCCAGAAACCCCCACCUCCGACGACGCACCCGCCUCUCCAUCCUGGGGCGACCGCCUCCGCACCAAAAUCGGCUGGACACCACCACCACCCCCUGAUCCCAACCCCAACCACCUCCUCUGCACCCGCAUCACCACCCACAUCCAACCCCGCCUCGCAGCGCUGGCCACCCUCACCGCCGGCGUUGACCACGCAAGAGACGUAGCCGCGGAGGUGGAGGCGCGCGUCGACGGCCUCAGGUACGUCGUCACGGCUCUGCUGGUCGGGCCGGCCGGGGAGGCGGGGGAGGAGCAGCACCCCGAGUGGGAGGCGGUGUCGGAGGCGCUGUUUGGGCAUGUGGAGAGGGAGGAGUGGGAGGAUGCUGGGUUUGCGGUGGGGGUGGGGAGGGGGAUGUGGGUUGAGGUGGAGGGGGGUGUGGGGGUAGAGAGGCGGUGGGUUUUUGUUAAGAGGGGUGAGGCGGAUGCGCUGAAGGAUCUUGCUCGGGUCGUUGAGACGAUCCGCCCGGCUGAUAAUGCGGCGUGGUUUGGGGAGUAUGUUAUUAUCUACGACGGAUCGGGGGAUGUGUCGGGAGCGACUUGCGGCCGCGUCCGGUACCGGCUUCCUGGGGUUGCUGAGAUGAGGGAAGCGAUCGACUUGGCUGCUAGUGUCAUUGGCUACGAAGCUCGCGGCACCUUGGCGGAAUGGCAGCGCCGGGAUGCGGCGUGGGAGUCUCCGUGGUUUUAUAUACAAUGUUAUUUCUAA